AUGCCUAGGAAUCAAUUGUCUAGGAUUAGAGACGAUGCUCAUGGUAGAAAGGUGAGCAGCCGAGAUCAUAGCAUCGUCGAUUAUGUACAAUUUAUAUUCAAUGGUUGCAUCGCAAUUGGUAUACUGUAUGUGAUACUGAAUUUUGUGUACAUUGUUCAUGGAGAUGUACAAUGGAAACGAUACCAGAAGAAGUUGGAGGAUGCUUUUUUUAUUGAACAGUGUAAAAAGGAUUACGAAAUGAACAAUUGUCAUCCAAAAAGUCGUCUGCCGGCGUUGCAUGCGCAAUGUGAGGAAUGGUAUCAAUGCAUGAAUUUAGAUUCUCGACCCUCAUCACAUGAGUAUGGUGUGCUAUGGGCUAGUACGUUAGCUGGGAUUCUAAACGAAUUUACUGAACAGAUCAGUAUUAGAACAGUAUCAAUACUGUUGAUUUCUACGUUAUGUACUAUUAUUGCCACGAAUGUGGCUUUUGGAGCUUACAGAGUAUACUAUGUGCAGAACGCACCAUAG